AUGCAGUCCACCUCUCCUUGGUGUACUUGCACUGCUCAAUGGGUAAUACCCAACCCUUCUCUGAAUAACGGUAACGUUAGAGCCCUAGUCGCAUUCCUGGAUCAGCCCGACGACAUCAAUUUCGAUCCUUCUAACCACCCGAACGAUGAUCCGAUUCAUGACGAAACCUUGGUGCAUAUUCCUACGUCCCUUCCGUAA